GUUAGCAAUUCUCCUCACCCUUCAACUACAAAUUGAAAUUUUUUAGCUAUUCUAGCAAUGUUCAGUGAUUUUACAUAAUGGGGAGCCAAGGUUAUGAGUCUAGCUGUUCUCCAGGUGGAUUUUCAUCUUCGAGAAAUGAAAGAAAUACAAAGACUGCAGGAAUCCUGCGUGUGAUGCCAUGCAGUGUGUCUCAGCUCCUGUCUGCUACAGAACACAAAGACUCCUUCUUUAUAAAAGACGUGGAGCUCCAGCAGGUGACUGUGGUGGGUUUGAUCAGAAGCAGCAAAACGACGCCUACACAUCUUCUGUAUUCUCUAGAUGAUAUGACUGGCCCUCCUCUGGAAGUCAAACAGUGGCUAAAUCUUGAGGAAGUCAACAUGAAUCAUUCUGUUAUUCCUCCUGGGACAUAUGUUAAAGUAACUGGAAGUCUCCGCACCAUUCAGCACAACAGGUUCAUGGUAGCGUUCAACAUCCGCCGUCUGGACGACUUUAAUGAGAUCACUUCACACAUGUUGGAGGUGAUUCAGGCCCAUCUGCACGGUGCAAGCAGCUCGAAUAGUAGUAGGAUAAGGAACGGGGCCAUGACCUCAUGUAUAAUAAACACACCGCACACAAGUGACCCAGCCACCGUCGGUUUUACAGCCAAUCAGAGGCAGGUGUUUAAUUUGAUUAAAAGCUGUCAUUUGGCUGAGGGCAUCACUCUGCAGUGCCUGAGGAAUUCGCUCAAUUAUCUUUCCUUCUAUGACAUCAGCGCUUGUCUGCAGUUUCUUAUAAACGAAGGACACAUUUUCUCUACGAUUGAUGACGUCCAUUUCAAGUGUACUUACGGCUGAAAUAAUUGCCUGGUUUGAGCACAGUCUGAUGCUUUAAUUUUUUUUUUUUUGUAUCUAGUGCACUAAGUAAAUGACAGAUAAAUGAAAAUCUGUCUGUAUUUGUAUAUGCAUAUUGUUUAAGUUGUUAGAAAAUUAUUUGUAGAAUAUUAUUAGUAUUAUAAUGUAUAGUGCAUUCGGUUUAGUUUUUUUGUGUUGUUUUGACUUGUUCCUCAUAAACUGUGCUUACUUGCAUAAUAACUACCUUGUUGCGUUGUUGCAUUAUCCGGAUAAUUGGGGAAAUAAAGAAAACUUGCAUUUGU